AUGGUGAUGGAGGUGUUUCUUCUGGGGUUUGGUAACCUCAAAAGCUCGAAGGAUUUAAUAUUUGCUUUGUUCCUGCUCAUUUAUCUUACCACGUUAAUAGGUAACAUGUUAAUCAUAAUCUUGAUAGCUACCAGUCCAAGACUUCAUUCUCCCAUGUAUUUUUUUAUUUGCAAUUUAUCCAUCUGUGAGAUGUUUUUCACUACAAUAAUCAUACCAAACCUGUUGUACAUUUUAUGGUGGAAUGGUGGUUACAUGUCAUUCUAUGGUUGUAUCAUCCAACAUCACUUGGGAUCAGCAACAGGUAGUGCUGAAUGUCUCCUCUUAACAGUUAUGGCGUAUGACAGACACUUGGCCAUUUGCAACCCUUUGAGGUACUCUUCCAUCAUGCAUGCCAGCAAUUGCAUCCAUCUGGUAAUUUGGGCUUGGCUUUUGGCAUUCAUAUUGCUCAUCAUAUCCACAGUAUCAAUCUGCAACCUACAGUUCUGUGAUUUGAACAUCAUUGACCAUCUGUAUUGUGAUCUAACGCCUAUUUUGGAGAUAUCUUCUUCAGACACAUCAAUGGUGAAGAUGGAGGCUCUCCUGUUGUCCUUUAUUCUAAACCUUUUUCCAUUUGUGCUGAUUAUUUUGAGUUAUGUUUCUAUAUUUUUCACCAUUCAGAAAAUUUCCUCAUGGUCCGGGAGACAGAAAACAUUCUCCACAUGCAGUUCACAUUUAGCUUCUGUUUGUAUGUACUUCGGGUCAAUAUUUAUUAAUUAUUUGGUUCCUUCUCAGCAAAACAUGAUUAGGAUUAACAAGAUGCUCUCUCUUUUAUAUACUGUUGUUACUCCAUUCUUUAAUCCAAUUAUUUAUAGUCUACGAAAUCAUGAAAUAAUGGUUUGCUUUAGACAAUAUUUUACAGUCGUUAAUAAAAGGUAA